UCCUCUAAGUCUUUUCUUCCUCUAGUUCUCACCGGGAAGAUCUCCGGCGGCGAAGGUCACGAACGUGGCAUCCCCGUUUCCCACCAGCGGCGGCUUCUCCCUUUCGCCUCGUUCGGCCUUAGCUAGGUUGCCUCAGUCGAUAAAGAAACCUUACAAUUUCCGCAUCGCUUACUAGUUUCUCCAUGGGGGAAUUGAAAAUGGAGGAUGUUACGCUCCCGGCACUCUUCGAGCAAGCUCGGAAGAUCCAUUCGACCGCCACGGAGUCCUGUGCUGAUCAGGAGACGCUGAGAAGAGGGUGCGAGGCACUUGAGAAGUGCGAGGAAAUGGUGGGCAAGCUGGGUUUGUUCUCCGCUAAUGAGACCAAGGAAGAUAUCAGCACCACCAAUCUGAAAUAUAUUCUGGUUUCAUUUUACCUUGCUGAGCUGACUGAGAAAAUUACUCAGGAUGAUAGGAUUCCGAUACUGAGAGCAUCCCAAGCAAAAUUAAAGGAAUUCAUUGCAUUCUGUGAGGCGAUGGAACUUGCACCUGAGGAGGAGCUGCAGGCAUCAUUACAAGGAGGUCCAAAUUCAGUUGUGGAUCGUAGGGCUCAAAAGAUUGCUAGGUUCAAGCGCCAAAAAGCUGCAGAGGCGAAGUUGCUGGAAAUAAUGGAGCGGAAAGAGAGGCGUGGUCGUUCGACUAAGGCUUCUGCACUGUCUACUCCUGUUGAAGCUGGAGAAGAAGAUUUGCUGGAUGAUGAUGGGGAAGAAGAAAGGGAGGCUUGGCUUACAACCAUAUCGUUGGCUAUCUGUAAGGCUCUUGAUCUAUUGGAAAUGUUGAAGAAAGAAGACGAAAUGCUUUCUGCUGUUAGAGAAAGACAAUUGAAGGAAGGAGAUAAUGAGUUUUCUCAGGCAGUGCUUGAUGAACGAGCGAAGAAAGCAGAGUCAUGGCAUCGCGGUGCUGCCACUCGAGCGCAGUUUACAAAACCUUCCCCUCCAAUCACAUGUGCUACCUUUGCUCAAGAUGUACUAGAAGGACGAGCAACUGUUUCCCAGGCACACGAUCACAAGCACCAGCCCAUGAUAUUUGGGCCAGCAAGUCUCAUUAAUUCGCGCCCAACAAACGAGAGAGAAAGGAUCGCUGCGCAGGUCUUCCAACCUGGUCACAGGUUGCCGACAAUGAGCAUAGAAGAAGCUGGGCUGGCAGAGAUGGAUAUUAUGAACAAAUGGCAAGAGAGAAAUGUUAAGAUGAUGGAAGAAGCCAACUCCGCCUGGUACAAGGACAACAACAGUGGUAAGCCGAGAUCAGGUGAAGAGGAAGAAGAUGAUGAAGACGAUGAUGAUGCAGUUGCACGGGCUAGAGCGUUUGACGAUUGGAAAGAUGAGAACCCUCGUGGUGCAGGCAACAAGAAGCUUACCCCUUGCGGCUGAUUACUCCCUCUCUGAGUGUUCUUUUCGUUUAGCUGAAGAACAACGGAGCCAUAAGCCUGGCUUAUAUGUAUUGUAUUUUGUGAAAUUUUGAUGUGACCAUGUAUUUAUGUUUUAGAAGUGAAGAUUACAAAAGUUAUAAUCUUAAGUACUCUUUAUUUAUGUGUAAUCCUUUAAAACAGUUUAAUCGAUCAUAAAAACUUUCUCAGUAUCACAACUUCAGGUGUCGGAUUCGAGUCUCCAUAAAUUUCUCUGCAUCUCUGGUCAUCAAUGCACAGUUUCAAAGACCAGUAUGCAUGUAUGCAAUAAACCCUAUCUUGCUAGUUCUAAAAGUUUGUCAAUGAAAGGAUUGAAAUACACAAAUCGCAUUUGCAUUCAACUGAUAAAGAGAAAUUCACAGGGCAUGGAAAAACAGCCCUCUGAUAUUCAUCUCCUCCCCAACCCCUAUACACUAACAUUUCACAGAGGAGGAUCAAUAGUUCAGAAGGAUGAAUGAAGGAAUCCAUUCAAAGGAAGAAAAACUAUGCAUUUGCAGUAAUCCCCCAAAGGAGGGGGGAAAAACCCACCAUGAAACUGAAAGAAAAACAGCUUCUUUUGUUCUUCCUUCUGUGAGAUCAAACAGUUCCUGUUUUCAUGUAUGCAUCUCUUCUUCCAAUGUACAAAGCUCAUGUGUAGAGAAAAAAACAGAAGGAUAAAAACAUUGAAUCAGGAUUCUUCUUCUUCUUCUUUUUGAUUCAGUCUUGAUCAUCUAUCCAUCAAUACAGGUGAAGCCUCUGCAAACCCACAACCAAACGAAGAACAGAACAGCACAAAUCACCAAAUCCAACGUCAAAACCACCCACACAUGCUUCCUCCACAUCUGCUUCGCCUUCUGCCUGCUCUCCAGCAUGUAAAGCCCGCCGCUUUUCGGCGUCAUCGCCACUGAGAACUCCCUAGUAUGGUGCCCACUACCAUCAACGCUCCCAUUCUCACCCACCAACACGCCACCACCACCAUUCAUCAUCAUCUUGCCGCCAUGAUCGCUCAUCCCACCGCAGCUCAAGCCGCUCCCGUCUUUCCCCCUGUGAUGCCCACCGCCGCCGCUGCUGCUCUUAUCCUCCAUCCCCCCAAUAGAACAAACCCCCGACGACCUCUUCUUCUUCUUCAUCAGCAAUGGCCGCGUCACCGUCUUCUCUUUCGUCGAGUCCAUGCUCGGGUUCCGGCUGUCUUUAGACGUGGUCUCCGUCAGGGAAUCCCCGAGGUCCAAAUCCAGAGCCAGGAUUUCACGGAACAGAGGGUAGAACUCGGCCUGGAAGCAGAGGGAGGCGAGAUUGUCCAAAUCCCUGAGGGAAUUCGACGCGAUGAGCUCCAAGAACGAGACUUUCACCCGGUCGAUGAACCAGGAGGACUCCAGCUUCGCGAGAUCGUGGUGGAAGACGGUGAAGUAGACGAAAGGGUCGUCGAUGAGGAAGGUGUAGGUCUUCUUCUUGGCGGUGUGGGAGAAGGUCGUGUGGUGCGGCGGCGCGAUCCCGAUGCAUUUCUGUGCGAUCUCCUCGAUCCCCGGCUCCGACGGGGAGGCGAACUCGGCGAGGAUUGUGGAUCCUUUGGCAAUGCAAGCGUAGAGGAUCAGAUCUGGAUUCGAAAUCAUUUGUUCCCCUUCUUUUUUUUUUCUUUUUCCAAUUCCCUUUCCCCUGUUUUUUGUUGAUGGAACGAAACAAAUCAAGAUACUACCCGCCAAAAUUGGCGGCGGCGGCGGCGGUGAGAGCAGAGGAAGGGAUUGAAACGGACGGGAAGAGAUCAGGCAUUUGAAGCAGAGGGAAAGAAGGGGAGGGAUGUAUUAGGGAACCAGAAAUUGAUCGAAGAAGUUGUUUGGUUCCCGGGAAAAAGAGAUUCUUUUCUCAAUCAUGAACUUCUGUUUGACCUGUACAGAGAGGCAUCUUGAUUCGUUUUUUCUCCUGUUUUUUUCUGUUUCUUCUUCUUUUUCCUUUCCCCUCUUUCCUUCUCUCUCUCUCUAGGGAUUGAAAUGGAGGGAGACGAAAGGAAGAGAAGGGAAAGGGGAAAGGAAAUGGGGUUUGGAUUGGACUUUGGGAUUUGCUCAAACCAAUUGUUUAAACGGCUGCCCAUUUUGUUGCUUC